UCAAACGAACGAUUUACGUAUUUCCGUUCCCAGUCACACUUCCCUUCAGAUCGACGGCGGUCGGGAGCGAGGAAGAGGUAGCAGAAUGUUGGCAACCAGAGCACUUAGCCUUAUUGGCAAACGUGCCAUAUCUACAUCUGUCUGUGUGCGUGGAGGCCAUGGUGUUGCUAAGGUGGAGGACUACGCCCUCCCUGCCUACUUUGACAGGCGGGAGAGCCCUCUCCCUGAGGUCAGCUAUGUGCAGAACCUGAGUCCAGAGCAGAAAUCCCUGAAGGAGAAGGAGAAGGGCUCCUGGGUUGCCCUCUCAAAUGAGGAGAAGAUUGCAUUGUACCGCAUCAGCUUCAAGCAGAGCUUUGCUGAGAUGAACCAGGGAUCAGCAGAGUGGAAGUCUGUGGUUGGAGGAGUCCUGUUCUUCAUUGGCUUCACUGGCCUGGUUGUGCUUUGGCAGAGAAAAUAUGUGUAUGGACCUGUUCCACACACUUUUGACAGCGAGUACAAGGAGAAGGAGCUGCAGAGGAUGCUGGACAUGAGAAUUAGCCCAGUGGAGGGAUUCUCAGCCCACUGGGACUACGAAAACAAGCAGUGGAAAAAGUAAAAGACCCAGAGGACCAUAACAGUUCUACAUAAAGGCAGACCAACUCAAAGAUACACGAAUACCUAUAUUUCUGUAUUUAUCAGAUGUCCACAUUACCUCUAUCUGUGCAUUUUGGAAGACCACUUCCUCUUAAGGCUGUUCUGUAUUAUAAAAAGAAUACAAAUUGUUAAACUGAUUAAAACCUCUGAUUAACUGUC